CCUAGUGGGGGCUGUUCAUGGCGGUUCCGGGGUCUCCAACGAGUUUCCCGCUUGUGUUCCCGAAACCGUCCGGCGCGGAGGCAGCAGAGCUUGAGGUCUUUGCUGGUGUGAAAUGACUGAGUACAAACUGGUGGUGGUUGGAGCAGGUGGUGUUGGGAAAAGUGCUCUGACAAUCCAGCUAAUCCAGAACCACUUUGUAGACGAGUAUGACCCCACGAUAGAGGAUUCAUACCGAAAGCAGGUGGUUAUAGACGGUGAAACCUGUCUGUUGGACAUACUGGACACAGCGGGACAAGAGGAGUACAGUGCCAUGAGAGACCAGUACAUGAGGACAGGCGAAGGCUUUCUCUGUGUGUUUGCCAUCAAUAAUAGCAAAUCAUUUGCAGAUAUUAACCUCUACAGGGAGCAGAUUAAACGAGUAAAAGACUCAGAUGAUGUACCUAUGGUGCUGGUAGGAAACAAGUGUGAUUUACCAACAAGGACAGUUGACACAAAACAAGCGCAUGAACUGGCCAAAAGCUAUGGGAUUCCGUUCAUUGAAACCUCAGCCAAGACCCGGCAGGGGGUUGAAGAUGCCUUUUACACACUGGUAAGAGAAAUUCGUCAGUACCGAAUGAAAAAACUCAAUAGCAGUGAUGAUGGGACUCAAGGUUGUAUGGGGUUGCCAUGUGUGGUGAUGUAACAAGAUACUUAGUACUAUCAGAAAAGAGCCACUCUCAAGCUGCACUGACACCUGGUCCUGACUUCCUUGGAGGAGGGUCCCUAUUGCUGUCCUCAGUCUCACCAAGAAGCACCUGUAUUUCCCACCUCUCAGUAUAUCAGCGAAAAGUUCUCUGUUGGAGAAGUUCUCAGAAUAACUACCUCCUCACGUGGCUGUCUGACCAGAGAAAUGCCCAGUAUUGCCCCUUCCUGGGCUUUCCCCCCCUCGCACACAUACACCUCUGCCAGCCCAGGUUUGUCAUCGGAAAAGCAAUUCCUGCUCUGAAACAGAGAAGCAGACUGUAGAACAGACACGCAGUUCUGUUGAAAACUGUCUCGAGCUCUAAAGUAAGCAGCUGCUGGUGGGUUGUUUUUUUGGGUUUUGUUGUCUUUCCUUUUGCUGUUGAACUUGGAACUAUGUUGGUUUUUGGAGAAAUGUCAUAAAUUACUAUUUGCAGAGAAUGUAGUUACUGUUGCUAUUUAGUUUGUUUGUAAUGUCAUUGGCUAUAUUCUAUUUCUGGUAUCUGCUCUGUAUUCAUAAACACAAAUAUGAAUACUGACCUUUGAGUCUAUCCUAGUCUGCUUAACUGGACAUAAUUAAAUCAAACUCGGACAGUGAAGUGCCUUUUUCUCAGAAGUGUGUAGAUAUCCCUGAGAACACUUCAGUGGUGUCGAUGUCUGAAAAAACCAUUAUGUCUGAAAAUGGAUUGUCGGAGAUAUUCUGACCUUUGAGGAGAAGCUAUACCUGUCUAAUAAUACAUGCCAUUUCUUACACAUAUGAACUUGGUUUUCCAGAGCUAUAUUUUUGGGUUGCCCAAGGAGAAAGAUGAAACUGGAAAUAAUGAGUAGUUUCACUGAUUUUUCUUACCUACUCUCCACACUUUUGAGAUGGGAUUUGUUUCUUGGAGUUUACCCAAUACCCAGUGUCCUUCCAUUCAUAUUCGAAUGUGGGUCAUGUCAGAGAGUAUUGUAGAUAUCUCUGUUUAAUAGCUAUCAUUGAUGAUUUCCCAUCCUCAAAUGCAGUGUACUAAUAACUAGACUACAUCUUCAUUGUAUGUUCUGGUAUUUUAAUCAUGUAAGUAAUUAUUGCCCUCGAUCCUUCUCACCCCAUCUUUUGUCCUUAGUGCCACCAUCAUGAGGAGGUGUGAUUAGUUAUUUCAGUUGGGCAGACAUGGUGCUAGUAGACCAAGGUCACAGUUUCAAAACUUGAAUGAGCCAGUUAGCAUCACACAGUGAAGUGCUUUUACAUUUGCACUUUGUGUAACUCCAGCUAGUUUUGCCAGGUGCCUUCUGCUGGUGACCCUGCAAGGAAAAAAAGGUCAAUUAGCAGCAGUUUUCACCACGACUGGAAACACUUGGUUAGAUCCUAAGGAGGAUCUGUUUGGAGAAAUCUUGAAAAAAGUACUGACUUUUUUUUUAGCUAGUUGUAGCAAAAUUAAACCAAUAUUUUCUCGUUAAGCUUUAUUUUUUUUAAGGAGGGUGCCUUGAACCCAAAGUAAAACUUUUUGGGGGGUGGGGGUGGGGGGAGGCUUGUUUUUCCCUUAAACAUAAUGUCCUGAAGGAUUUAAAAGAGAACUUCUGUUAAUUAGUCUCUGUGUACCAGACAGCCAGAACUGGUGUGUUAAAAAGUAGUGUUUGAAUGGAAAUUGAAAAGAAUAGGAAAUAGAAUUCAUCAUUCAUGACAAGGAUUUGGAAGCUUGGCUUUACUAUUUGCAGAUACUACCCUGGUAAUUCUAAUGAAAAGUAAACUAUGAUAAAAGAAUCAUUACAGAAUGGCGAAAUUUCAGCUCUUUAAUAUCUAAAUGCUUCCUGAAGAUGACCCUCUGCUAGUGUGCAUUUCCCUGACCAGCAUUCACCGCUAGGGGAGAGCCCUACACCAUGCUCGGGGAAACCUGGAGGCUUGUGCUUCACUGCCAAGCCUGGAGCUUUCCCAGCAGUCACCACCUGGGAAGAGUUCCUCUGCUGGUACCUUCUCUGAGCUUAAGUGCCUCGACCUGGAGUCUGUGUGACUGACAGUAUGACCCUUUCCCUAUUCACUUUCAUGUUAAUUGGGGGGGGGGGGAGUAAUUACUCAUCUCAGGCUAUGUACCUAUAGUUUUCUUGAGUACGUUCUAAGAACAGCUAAAGUAUUUAGAUGGGCCAAAACUGGGUCCUGAAAAUGUCCCUCACUUCCUAAGAAGUUAAACUUAGGUAUGAGGUUUUUUGUUUUUGUUUAUUAAUUAUUUUAUUGGGGGCUGAGUUUUUGUAUAAUACAGCAGCAAACUUACAGAACAGAUUUUUAAAAGAACAACUGGAUGACUUCUGUUAGGGUGAUAUCAACUGUAGUUUUUAGGAUAUUUGUGAGUACAAGGAUCUCUGGUAUGCAUUGGGCUAUUGACCACAUGGUCGGUAGUUCAAAACCACCAGCUGCUCCACAGGAGAAUGAUGAGGUUUUCUCGUCCCGUAAGUAGUUGAAGUCCUGUAAACCCACAGGGCAGUUCUGCCCUGCACUGUAGGUCCACUGUGAGCUGGAAUUGACUCUGGUGGUGAGUUUGGGGUUUUUUGUUUUGGAAUUUGUGGGUGCUGAAAAUUCUAAUUUACCUCAAAAUCUGAAAUUAUUUUCCUAAAAUUAAGUGCCCGGCCAGCUAGCAUACAUUAUAUAUUCCUUUAUGUUUGCAUUUUUUUAAUGUUGCAAGCUCAAGAGUAAAAGUAAGAUGUUGUGUCUAAAGGCUACCAUGCAUUAUCUGUCAAUGAAAUCUGUUUAGGGCUCAAAACAGCUUACUAUAGAAUGUUCCUAUAAAAGAUACUUACUAUACACACUUUACGAGUGUAAUAGUAAGAUUAGUCACAAUUUUAUUUUAAUGGGCACCAUUCUUUUAAAGGGUGCUGUGAAUGUUUUUGUUUGGGCUUGAAAACAAGGACAGAGAAACACUUUAGAGGAAUUUUUCCUAUUUUAUAAUUUGUGAGAAUAAUCAUAUUUUGCUUUAUAUUUACUGUUAUAAAUUCCUAAGCUGGCAGCUAUUACCCAGACCUCCCCACUCCUUUCCAGCCACAGGCCCCCCCCCCAAAAAAAAAGGGUGCAUUCUGUUUCUUCAUCUCUGCUAACAUUAUAAGAAGCAAAGAUAAUUAGGAGAAAUAUUUUAUUUGGGUGAUUUCUAUAAAUUUGAGACUAUAAUUUUAUACAUUAUUUUUCAUCCUUUCUCUCUCUUAGCAGUCUCACAUGCCACAACAUUAUUUUAAGGUAUUUACUCUCUAUGAGAAUUGUUUUAAAGUGUUCUCUUUAUCAGAGUAGUUACAAGUUGUUCAAAAUAUAACGCCUGAGUACUGACUUACAAAACAAUGGUGAGCUCUUCUAGAGGGAAAGGGGGUCUUGAUGGAAGUUGUCUGGCAUGUUAAUGUGCCUCCACGUAUUAGUAAAAAUACCAAUUGUGCAAGUCUGCUGUUGAAUUGGAAACAUGGCAUCAUUGACCCUAAAUAAAAGGACUGAUAUUUCCA